ACACCGAAGCUUUCGAGGGCUCCGCAUCGCAACAAUGACGCUGCGCUGGGCAUCGUGUCUGUCGGUCUCAUCUCCAGCGACUUCACGGCCGUGCUGCAGACACUGCCUCGCUCCCGAGCACCAGGUGGUGGCGGUGGCGGCCCGCGACCUGAGCCGUGCGAAGGAGUUUGCACAGAAACACGACAUCCCCAAGGCCUACGGCUCCUAUGAGGAGCUGGCCAAGGACCCGAAUGUGGAGGUUGCCUACGUUGGCACCCAGCACCCCCAGCACAAGGUGGCAGUGAUGCUGUGCUUGGCGGCGGGCAAGGCCGUUCUAAGCGAGAAGCCCAUGGGCGUGAACGCGGCGGAAGUUCGUGAGAUGGUCACGGAGGCCCGAUCCCGAGGCCUCUUCCUUAUGGAGGUGAGGGCAGAGGAGCCCUUCCAACAUCUAGUAUAG